UUCCCAAAUGCAGAUGACUCCUCUCCUCUUCAUUUAAUAUUUUCUAAAGCUAGAAACCCAUUUAUUUUUUGUUGAGUUUGAGGCCUCUGCAAGGGAAGCAAUCUACAACCAACUGAAAAGUACUUAAUCUUACAUUUGGAAUGUUCUGAAACAUUCUGGAACCUUUUGGAACCUUCUAGAACCUUGGAACCUUAUGAUCCCUGUGGACAUCUAGGAGCCACCCGAGGAACUGAAGCUAUUUUUUGCUUUUCUCUGACUAGUCUGUGGUCUCUACCUGUCUGUACUGGUCUUUGCUGGUCUGUACUGGUCUGAACUGGUCUGUAGUGGCCAGGAUGCGAGGGUUAGAGCUAAAGGCCCUCGGUGCAGCGUUGCUGGUCCUCGCAGUGGUGAGCACCUCUCACUGUAAGUCGGACUCUUCAGACUGCUCCCAGGCUGAGUCAUGUGACCUGUGUGUCGGAGACUCCACCCUCAACCUGACUGGCUGUGUCUGGAGUGUCUGCGGGAACAGUAAUGAUACUGGGUGUGUAUCUGAUCAGGAUGAUUCUCAGAACUGUAAUGUAACAAAUGACCCAGCCAUGUGCACAGUCAUAGAGAUUGCGGCAGAAGGUGAAGGGGACUCAGAUAAGUCUCCUCCAGAGCCGUCAGAGUUCUCCCAGGCCAGCUUUGACCUGUCCAGUUUCAUAGGAGGCAUCAUCCUGGUGCUGUGUGUCCAGGCUGGGGGAUUCUUCACUAUGCGCUUCCUCAAGAAAGAUGCCACCUACGACCCCAUAGAGCAGCCAGCCUAGAGGAGAGGAGAGAGAGAAGAGGAGGACAGUGGAAGAUGAACGAGGGAGGGAUGAGGGGGGAGCUGUGACUCACAAUGCUGUCACCAUGCUUUGUAUGACGUCAAUCUCACAUACAGUGUGUGUGUUAUUCUUAUUUUUGUGUCCCAGAUGUGAACCUGUCGGUCAUUUUGUGUGUUUGACUGACUGUCCAUUAUGUUGUGUAACUCCUGUUUGUGUGUGUGUAUUCCCUUUUUCCUGUCAGUUGGCCUAAAUGCCUUCUGAAUUUACAUUUGUCAAAUAGUAAUGUCUUAGAGGGUUGUAGUUAUGUGAAUGUGUAAUGAUUUUGAAUCGUGUUUAAACAUGUUCGUUAAUUAGUGUUGUUGAACUGGUUUGGCUUGAGCUGCAUUCAGGAGGGAGGGAUCUGGGAUCUGUUCUGUGUUUUUGUGUUUAUGAAAAUAAAGA